CUCUCUCUCUCUCUCUCUCCUCUUUCGAAACACCACCCAAAUUUGCGCGAGACAAAAUGCCCCCGCCCACCUUCGAUUCUCUAACCCUCCUCCCCUCCUCGCAUCGCGAACCCUCAUCGACCAUGGCCUCUUCCCUCCAUUCGAACCCUAUUCCUCCUCCUCCUCCUCUUCCCCUCCGUCGCCCCACCUCCUCCUCCGUCUCCUCGCCCUCUCCUUCGCUCCUAGCGCCCUGCUGCUCCUCGUGCUCUCGACCUCUCCUCCCCAGGAGGACGCUGCGGCUCUCCCUGCCGCAGCGGAGGCGAAUGGUCGCGGCGCGUGAGAAGAAAGGGGCGGCGAUUGAGGCGAUUGAGGAGGGAAAAGCUGAGGCGGAGGAGGCGGAGGCGGAGGCGGAGGCGCCGCCGCUUUUGGAGAACGCCGAGGGGAACUCCAAGCCCCGCCGCAUUGCGCUCUUCGUCGAGCCCUCGCCCUUCGCUUAUGUUUCUGGGUAUAAGAACCGGUUUCAGAAUUUCAUCAAACAUUUGCGCGAGAUGGGCGAUGAGGUCAUAGUUGUAACUACCCAUGAGGGCGUUCCUCAAGAGUUUUAUGGAGCAAAACUAAUUGGUUCAUGGAGCUUCCCCUGCCCGUGGUAUCAGAAAGUUCCACUUUCCCUGGCACUUAGUCCUCGAAUAAUAUCAGAGGUAGCGAAAUUCAGGCCAGAUAUAAUACAUGCCUCUUCGCCUGGAAUCAUGGUAUUUGGUGCUCUUAUAAUUGCAAAGUUGCUUUGUGUACCUUUAGUAAUGUCAUAUCACACGCAUGUUCCAAUAUACAUUCCCAGAUACACAUUCAGUUGGUUGGUAAAGCCAAUGUGGCUGAUUAUAAAAUUCCUACAUAGAGCUGCUGAUCUCACGCUGGUGCCUUCUGUUGCUAUUGGGCGGGAUCUUCAAGCAGCCCGUGUAACAGCAGCGAACAAAAUCCGCCUAUGGAAUAAGGGUGUGGAUUCGGAAAGCUUCCAUCCUCGUUACCGCAGCCAUGAAAUGCGUGUUAGGCUAACCAAUGGUGAACCUGAAAAGCCCUUGAUAAUUUAUGUUGGACGCUUAGGAGUUGAAAAAAGCUUGGAUUUCCUAAAAAGGGUCAUGGAUCGGCUACCAGGGGCAAGAAUUUCAUUUAUAGGAGAUGGGCCUUUCAGGCCGGAACUCGAACAAAUGUUCUCAGGCAUGCCAGCGGUGUUCACAGGAACCCUACAUGGUGAGGAGCUCUCACAGGCCUAUGCCAGUGGGGAUGUUUUCGUGAUGCCUUCCGAAUCUGAGACCCUUGGCUUUGUUGUUUUGGAGGCAAUGUCGUCAGGGGUCCCCGUAGUUGCAGCCCGGGCCGGAGGGAUACCUGAUAUUAUACCCGAAUCGCAGGAUGGCAAAACCAGCUUCUUAUAUCCACCGGGUGACCUCGAUGAAUGUGUUCGCAAGAUUGAGCGGCUGUUGUCCUGCAGUGAGUUCAGAGAAGCUAUGGGUAGAGCUGCAAGGAGGGAGAUGGAGAAGUUUGAUUGGAGGGCAGCCACGAGGAAGAUACGUAAUGAGCAGUACAAUGCGGCCAUUUGGUUCUGGCGGAAGAAGAGGGCUCAGCUGCUUAGACCGAUUCAGUGGGUGAUACGGAGGUUCUUUAGGUUACCAGUUAUUAAGUAUAGUUGAUUUUGUAAUGAUUUUUUUAGUUCGAAAGGGCUCUCGGAGAAAGUUUGCGUGAUUUGGGUGCAUCCGUGGUGGUAUUGUUAUGUAUGUGGUUAAUGGGAAUAUAUUACAUAAUGGGAAUCUUAUAUUCUUUUCUUGUACGUGGGUAAGGAAUUAGUUUUUUGUUAUACCAAAUGAUUUUACGGUGGGAAGGCAAGUGUAUGGUUGGAAUGCAUGGUAUAUACUAGUGUAGUGUAGCACAAAAACUGUAAUUAUCUUGGAUUCAAUGAACUUCUGUAUGCUGCCAUACUGGAAUGAUACAUCAUCCCCUCUUUAUCA